UAGUAGAAAAGUUUUAAAAUUGAUAAUGAAUUAAUUGUUAUGUUAUCUUAUCUUAUCUAUAAUUGUUUACAGAAAGGGAUCUUAUUUAGCUUUUAAUUGUAGAGUGUUAUCCAUAUAUACCACAAUAGCUAUAACUACUAACAUAACUUCAUAUAUUCUGUGCUGUUUAUAAAACUAUUUCUAACUAAAUAAUUUAAGUCAAUUCUUUGCAAGGUACAUCCUAUACACUGACAGUAUCUAACAUAGUAGAUAGGCGAAGAUGAAUUUAUAGCGUAGUAUAAAUAUACCCAAUUAAUAAUAUUGUUUAGUUAAUAAAAUACAAAGUUUAAGAAUGAUGUCUGGAAACCUGUUUUGGAAGAUAUUUCUACCCUUGUUAUUUAUAUUAGCACAAAUAUCAGUUCAAGCGAAGAAACAAAAGUCAUCAGUUGUGACCGAUGUGGAUGAUAUAAAGGAAUUUAAGAAGCUAUUAAGGACUAAAACAAAUGUUUUAAUACUAUAUGUGAAUGUACCAAAGUCUUCACAGACCAUUAUAGAUGUAUUCAAGGAUACAGCUGAUAUUGUAAAAGGACAGGCAACUCUAGUACUCAUAGACUGUAAUAAUAGUGAAGGUAAGAAACUAUGUAAAAAGGUGAAAGUACCAUCAUCAAACCCUUACUACUUGAGGCACUACAAAGAUGGUGACUUCCAUAAGGACUACGAUAGAAGUGAGACCGUCAGUUCUAUGGCGAAUUUUCUCCGAGACCCUACCGGGGACUUGCCGUGGGAAGAGGACACCACGGCCACAGAUAUUUUUCAUCUACCUGAUGGAGAGGCAUUAAUUAAAUUUCUCAAGAAGGGUGCGGCCGCGUACAAGAAAUCAAUGAUCAUGUUCUAUGCUCCUUGGUGUGGAUAUUGUAAGACAUUGAAACCAGAGUAUGUAGCGGCUGCAGCUGAUUUGAAGGGUGAAGCAUUGUUGGCUGCUAUUGACGUUGCCAAACCGGGUAAUUCGAAAAUAAGACAAGUUUAUAACAUAACCGGUUUUCCAACACUCUUAUAUUACGAGAAAGGGCAGUUCAGAUUCCCGUACAACGGCGAAAAUAAGAAACAGGCUAUAGUAGACUUCAUAAAGGACCCCACGACACAGUUACAGCAGAAAAAAACCGAAGUAGCAGAUGAAAGUUGGUCGCAGGAUUCUGAUGUUGUGCAUCUAGAUGUGGAAAAUUUUAACAGUGUUUUAUCAAAAGCUGAGCACGCGUUGGUUGUGUUCUAUGCCCCGUGGUGCGGCCAUUGCAAACGUAUCAAGCCAGAGUUCGAAAAGGCAGCUACAAGAAUAAAGUUGGAAAAGAUUACAGGUAUAUUGGCAGCGGUCGACGCCACGAAGCAGCCAGACUUGGCGUCACGGUUUGGCGUCAAAGGAUACCCAACGUUGAAAUACUUCAAUAAGGGCGAGUACAAAUACGAUGCUGGCCAGGCGAGACAGGAAGAGCAAAUCGUCAACUUCCUCAAGAAUCCUCAAGAGCCACCGCCGCCUCCACCACCCGAGAAGCCCUGGUCUGAAGAAGAGAGUCCCGUGCGCCACCUCGACUCCGCGACCUUCAGAAGCACACUGCGAAAGAUCAAACAUGCCAUUGUCAUGUUUUACGCACCGUGGUGUGGACACUGUAAGAGUACAAAACCGGAAUUCGUGAAAGCCGCAGAACAGUUUGCUGAUGAGCUGAUGGUUGCAUUCGGGGCUGUUGACUGCACAGUCCACCAGGACGUGUGCGGGAAUUACGAUGUCAAGGGAUAUCCCACGAUCAAGUACUUCAGCUAUUUCGAUAAACAAGUGAAGGAUUACUCAGGUGGAAGAAAGGAAGCGGAUUUUGUCUCUUUCAUACACACACAUAUGGGCAGUCAACAGACGUCACAAAAGGCAGCUAAGAGCAACCAGGACGCCGGGUUUGGUGUUAACGUCCUGCUAUCCACUGAUGAUGAUUUCGAGAAAAUCAUUGCUGCUCCCACACACACGUUCGUCAUGUUUUAUGCCACGUGGUGUGGACACUGCGUGACUGCGAAGCCGGCGUUCAGUCGACUGGCAACAGCAUUGAAGACUGAUAAAUCACCAGUCAAAGCGGUAGCCGUAGAAGCAGCUGAAAACUCCAAAGCGGCCGAUCUAGCUGGCAUACAAACGCUGCCCACCUUCAAAAUGUUCGCCGCCGGGAAACACGUGGCCGAUUAUGACGGCGACAGAUCCGUCGAGGACAUGGUCAACUUCUGCAAACAAUACGAGAAGAUGAAAGACGAGUUGUGAUCUUAGCGGAAU